AUGCAUUAUGCUUGCACUUUAUUCACAGGUUCACCACAGCCCACAUAUCGUUGGCUCAAGGAUGGCAUACCCGUUGCCGAUUAUUCAUCCAGUCAAUUUUAUCGCAUUCACAACACGAAGCGCGAGGAUGCUGGCAGCUAUCAGUGCAUAGCCAGAAACGAGGCUGGCUCCAUUUUCAGCGAGAAGAGUGAAGUUGUUGUUGCCUAUAUGGGCACCUUCGAGAACCAGAACGAGGGACACUUGACCGUGGUCAGCGGUCAUCCGGCCAUAUUCGAUAUGCCAGCGAUUGAUUCGGUGCCGAAGCCUUCGGUCUCUUGGCAGGCGGAGAAUCGAACGCUCAACUAUGACAUCAAGUACGCCCUGACCCAAGCCAAUCAGCUGAUCGUGCUCAGCGCCGAUAAGCAGGACGUUCAGGCGUAUCGGGCACACGCCAUGAACACCCAACUGGGCAGGGAGGAGGCGAGCGCCCUUAUCUAUCUGAAUGUCACAGGCGAUCCGUUUGUGGAGGUGGCGCCCGAGAUAAUCGUACCGCCGCAGGAUCUGAAACUGAAGCGCGGCGAGGGCGUGGCCGAACUGCAGUGCAUCGCCAAUGCACGGCCCCUACACGAGCUGGAGACCAUUUGGCUGAAGGACGGACUGCCCGUGGAAAACGCCGGCAUUCUGCAUACGCUCAACAAUCCCUGGAAUCGCACCUUGGCCCUGCUCCAGGCGAACAGCUCCCAUGCCGGCGAGUACACCUGCCAGGUGCGUUUGCGCAGCGGCGGCUUUCAGACGGUCACGGCCAACGCCCACGUCUACAUCCUGGAGCCGCCCAUGUUCUUUACGCCCAUGCGCGCCGAGACCUUUGGCGACUUUGGUGGUCAGGUGAUGUUGCCCUGCGAUGUGGUGGGCGAUCCGACGCCCCAGGUGCAAUGGUUCCGCAAUGCGGAACGCAUCGAAGCGCAGCUACUAAGUGGCGGGUACUCAGUGAAAGCCGAUAAUACGCUGAUAAUUAAAAAACUGACGCUGGAGGAUGAGGGCAUGUUCCAAUGUCUGGCGACCAACGAGGCUGGCGAGAAGUCCGCGUACACCUGGCUGCGUGUGAAAACAGCCACAACCGAAGCAGCUGCUGUGCCGCAGCCGCGCGUGAAGCGUCUGGCACAGCCGCGCAUCUUGCGGGUGCGAGCUUCGCAUGCUGGCAUGGGAUCGGGUCCGAGAUCGGGAUCGGGAUCGGGAUCGAGCUUGGGUUCUGGCUCGGGCUCGGGCUCGGGCACGGGAUCGGGAUCGGGCAUGGGCAUGAACGCUAAACACCCUGGCAAGGGUAAUAAACGCAAGGAGUUUCGCUUUGGUAUGGGCAUCAAGAAUGCAAAACCGCUCACAGCUCACAUUCACUACUCAACCCACUGCACCUCGAAUUGAGAACCAAACUCACUCACAUUUAGAUCAU